CAGGGAGGCCCGGCCACUGCCAGGGCCAGAGCCAACCACGCCCGCGGACCGACCCGGUCGACUGUAGGCCUGCGGGAGAUCGUCGGGAGGGGCCCCGGCCGGCUGCGGGAGAGAAAGAGGACAUUGUGUCCCCCACCCUUCAACUCCCCGAGGUGUCAUAGCACAAGCCCGUUUCCCUUGCCGUCUCCCCAGACUCGGUGCCCUCGCCCAUCACUGCCUGAGAGACUUAGAAGAUCGUCAGUAUUUAAACAUACCACAUCAUGCGUGAGUACAAGCUAGUGGUCCUUGGUUCAGGAGGCGUUGGGAAGUCUGCUCUGACAGUUCAGUUUGUUCAGGGAAUUUUUGUUGAAAAAUAUGACCCAACGAUAGAAGAUUCCUACAGAAAGCAAGUUGAAGUCGAUUGCCAACAGUGUAUGCUCGAAAUCCUGGAUACUGCGGGGACAGAGCAAUUUACAGCGAUGAGGGAUUUGUAUAUGAAGAAUGGCCAAGGUUUUGCACUAGUGUAUUCUAUUACAGCUCAGUCCACGUUUAAUGACUUACAGGACCUGAGGGAACAGAUUUUACGGGUUAAGGAUACAGAAGAUGUUCCAAUGAUUUUGGUUGGCAAUAAAUGUGACCUGGAAGAUGAGCGAGUAGUUGGCAAAGAACAGGGCCAGAAUUUAGCAAGACAGUGGUGUAACUGUGCCUUUUUAGAAUCUUCUGCAAAGUCAAAGAUCAAUGUUAAUGAGAUAUUUUAUGACCUGGUCAGACAGAUAAAUAGAAAAACACCAGUGGAAAAGAAGAAGCCUAAAAAGAAAUCAUGUCUGCUGCUCUAAGCCCAUAGUCAGCAGCAGCUCUGAGCCAGAUUACAGGAAUGAAGAACUGUUGCCUAAUUGGAAAGUGCCAGCAUUCCAGACUUCAAAAAAUAAAUCUGAAGAGGCUUCUCCUGUUUUAUAUAUUAUGUGAAGAAUUUAGAUCUUAUAUUGGUUUGCACAAGUUCCCUGGAGAAAAAAAUUGCUCUGUGUAUAUCUCUUGGAAAAUAAGACAAUAGUAUUUCUCCUUUGCAAUAGCAGUUAUAACAGAUGUGAAAAUAUACUUGACUCUAAUAUGAUUAUACAAAAGAGCAUGGAUGCAUUUCAAAUGUUAGAUAUUGCUACUAUAAUCAAAUGAUUUCAUAUUGACCUUUUUAUCAUGAUCCUCCCUAUCAAGCACUAAAAAGUUGAACCAUUAUACUUUAUAUCUGUAAUGGUAAUAUGAAAUGUCCCCUCAAACUCAUUGCAGCAGAUAACUUUUUUGAGUCAUUGACUUCAUUUUAUAUUUAAAAAAUUAUGGAAUAUCAUCUGUCAUAUUCUAAUUAAAAUUGUUUGUGCAUAACGCUUUGGAAAAAUGGGUCUUUUAUAGGAAAAAACCUGGGAUAACUGAUUUCUAUGGCUUUCAAAGCUAAAAUAUAUAAUAUACUAAACCAACUCUAAUAUUGCUUCUUGUGUUUUACUGUCAGAUUAAAUUACAGCUUUUAUGGAUGAUUAAAUUUUAGUACAUUUUCAUUUGGUUUGUGUGUUUUUGUUAUUGUUUAUAGAUUUAAGGCCUUUAUUUUAUAAUGACCACAUUGUUUUACAUGCGACAGUAGCUCCUUUCUGCUGAGUAUCUGCAGAACACUGGCUUUAAACUAAGUAACUGGUGAUUUCCCUAGGAACAGACCUUGCACUUUCUGUUCUGGGUAUAUUUAUUCCUACUAUACAGUAAAAUACAUCAGACAGCAUAGAAUAGUUUUGUAUAUUCUCUCUUGAUCUUAAAGAUUGUAUCUUACUGAAUAAAAAUCCCACUGUAUAUUAUUUUUAUAUGUAAAAAAUAAGUUUAAUACUGUAUCAGGGUUUAACUUUUACUAUUUCAGAUCUUCCACAGCUUGAAAUUUCAAGGGAAUCCUUUUGCCAUUGUUAACUUGUUGGGUGUGAGUCCACUGAUGAAGUGUUAUGUGAAAAAUUUCAAACUUGCUUUAUAAUAGACUGAAGAAUUUGAGAGAAAGUUAAAACACAUAAGGAAUGUGUUACUUUUGCUUCAACUAUUUAUGAAAUAGUAUGGUAGUAGUAAUGUGGAAGAGAUUGCCGAGUUAAAUUUUUAGCUUCCUAUAUAGUGGUGCUUUUCUUUUUCUUCCCGAUUAUUUUCCUCUUUAUGAAAGAUAGGGCUUAAGAAGACAUGGACCCAGGGUGAUAUUACUUAUGUGAUCUCUAUAAAGAGAGGUAGAACAAAAGCUCGUUAGCCAGUUAAGUUCUGGAAAAGGAAAGAAGCAAGCUUAGGAAACCCUGUGCCUUGUGCCCAAAUACUAAGGAGGUGACCAGUCCUAGAAAGUCGUAAGUCAUUGCUCAGGGAUCCCUAGAUACUGUCUCUUUGCAACUAGGUAUGAAGAAGUGUUCAUGCCUUGCUGAGAUUUUCCAGGCAUGUGGUCAGCCUGUCAUUUACUGAAUUGAAAUUUUAAAAUCAGGUUUUAAAUGUUAAGCUCUGACCAACCUGAGAACGUGUUAAAGUAUUGUUUUGAAAAACUGGAAAUUACUAUUAUUUUUAGUGUCUAAUAAACUUAGUUAUCUAAC